UCGCGGCGCGCGCUCGCUCGGCUCAUCGCGCGAAACUUUGCACACAUCCGCUCCGAUACCGUAUUAUAUACCGCUAUUGUAUACCGACACGCUUCCCUAUCUGUCUCUCUCUUUCUUUCUCUCUUCUCUGCCCUCGAGUAUCACCUACAUACGCGUGCAUCGACUCCGUCUCUAACCGUCUUCAUUCGUACGUUUGCGGACGUGCACACACCCGCAUAAACGUACACAGAUCCGGAGUGCGCUCGUAAAAAAGAAGAGGAAAAAAAUUGAUUUACGCAUGUACAUAAAUUAAAGUGGUGCAUACGUGUGUGUGGAUAUUUAAAAGAUGCGUGCAAUGUGUCAAGCUACAAAUCGGAGCUGCAGCUGCUCGUCCAUCGACGCACAUCUAUCUUUUUGAGUUCGCUGCACAGUCUGUAUGUUUUGGUUGUCGUUGCGUGUAUUGUCAGCCGCCUAUACGCUAAACGUGUAUCGAGAGGCAGUUUCGGUAUCGAUACGCGCUCGCGAGUGUUGAAAGCUUUUCAUUUGGCAUACAUGUGUAGAGAGGGUUAUACUUCGUCAGCCAGGCAGAAGGCAACUAUAACAACAAUCAACUGACCGAGUGACAGACUGGCCACAGCUACUACUGCUCUGCAUCCUUUCUAUUUUUCUCCGCGCCUAUACCUGUGUAUCGCGCGCGUACACCCUAUUUGUUUUGCAUUCGAGCGCGAGUGAAUUGUUGGCGCAUCAAGCCAGCCCGACUUUGGUUUUGUCUCCCGUUGUUGCCCUCGCUGUUUUUUUACUCUCUCUUUACGAUUAUUUUUUCCUCUGUUGGUUUUCUGCAUUUUCAGCGCGGCUAAAGCUGUCGCAAAAACUCACGUGGGCCGGAGCUUAUAUAUACACAGCAGGGGUACGGUUCUAAACUGCGGGAAAAAAGUAAAUAGUUAACGAACCUGAUGCUAGUGCGCGGGUGAAUGUGUGGUUGUUGCUCGUUGUUCAAACGGAGAGAAGUUAAUGAACGCGCCAGUGUCACUGUCAGUGCAAGUUUCAAAGUUUUCUUUUCAGUUUGAGCGACUUAAACGCGUAAAGUGAAAAAAAAAAUUAUAUAUAAAGUAGUGCGAGGUAUUGUAUAUACCACAUGUAAAUCGCGGACGAAGAGUUUUGGUGCCGAGCGCAGUUGUGACGGAAAAAGAAAAGUUGCGGCAGCAGUUGCAGUUUGACGCUCAGAAAUUUUUCAUCGCAAACAACGCGCACUGCUGUUUGCCUUAGCAGUGACGGAAGAUACGCUUGAAAAGGCUCAUCUUUCUCGGUUCUCGCGACUGCAUACAUACAUUUUCAAGAGAUAGCUCGUCGUCGUCGUCGUCGUCGUCGUCGUCGUCGCUGCAUCAGCAGCAGAGCGCGGACCGGUUAAAGAGUCUCGCUUUGCUAUGCAGACACCCCGUCGUGGCACGAUAUGCUCGGGUUAUCUUGGGUUAUCUCGAAAUGCUCGAGAAAAGUUACCGAGGCAAAGUCAGCGGCUCAGCGGUGGAAUCAGCCGCAGAAGCAGUAAUUCCAGCAACACCAGAUGCAACUAGCGACAUGGCUGCUUGCACGUGUUUACGGCAUCUCGAAUGUAUUUCAGCCUUUGCGUCGUGAGCGCACAACCGUACGCGCGUUAACUCGUCGAAAGAGUGACGAAGCCGACUCGUAUACUUGCCUGCGCAAGUAGAUGGACAAAGAAGGAGCACAAAGUAGAAACGAAUGUACGCGUCUUUAUUUCCCUCUUUUUUUGCCUGAAAUUAUGUAAGUGUGAAAAAAGUGCAGCAAAUAUGGCAUUCAAUAGUACAAGGCGAAUCAGUGAAGUGCGCUGUUGCUGACGAGAUUUUUUUACGCUUCUACCCUCAGCCAUUGAAAACACAAGUGCUUCAGUAUUACGGCGACGAACAUCGACUGCGGAAAUGGCUCUGAGAUGGCAUGCCAAGCUUACCAUUGCUGCCAUACUCUUCAUAUGCACAGAAGACACCUUGAGCCUGGGUGAGCGGACAAUGGAACCAGCUGAGAGGCAUUCAAGUGCAAACAACAGGCCACGACAGCAAAUGCUUGAUACGACCACUGGUCAAAAGUCGAAGUUGGAACCAGGCUUUGAUCUGAUGCAACCAACCAACGUUACUUCACCGGUCGGCAAAACAGCCUAUCUCACUUGUAGGGUUCACAAUCUAGGUGAUAAAACGGUAUCUUGGGUACGGCACAGAGAUAUCCAUAUAUUGACGGCUGGCGCGUAUACGUACACGAGUGAUCAACGGUUUCAAGUUUUGCACAAACCAAAUUCCGGAUCGAAUAAUGAGUGGUCAGAAUGGACACUGUGCAUCAAAUGGGCUCAGGAACGAGAUGAAGGCAUCUAUGAGUGUCAAAUUUCAACGAUUCCUUUGAAAUCGCACCAGUAUCAUCUGAACGUUGUCGUACCAACGGCUGCGAUACUCGGCGGCCCUGAGCUUUACGUCGGCGCUGGAAGCACGAUAAAUCUGACGUGUGCGAUCCACUUCAGUCUCGAGCCACCGGCCUUUAUCUUCUGGUACUACAACGACGUGGUGAUGAGCUACGACAGCCCCAGGGGUGGCGUGUCCGUGAUAACCGAGAAGGGCAGCGAUGUGACGACCUCUUGGCUACUCAUACAGGCGGCGCAGCCUUCGGACUCCGGGGAGUACAGAUGCAAGCCCAGCAAUGCCAACAUGUCGUCUAUCAGAGUCCAUGUUCUCAAUGGUGAACGACCAGAAGCUAUGCAGACUGGCACGGCAGGGCCUAUACUUUCUUCGAGCUGUCUAAUGGUGUCGCUCAUCAUUUUGUACAUAUCGUCGUUGUAAAACAAAACAUCAAAUUUAGCGGCAAAUCACAAAUAAAAAGAAAAUCUCGUUACAAAUAAAAAUAAAAUUAAGUAUUAAGAUAAGUAUUAUAAAUGAAAAGAAAAUAGAUAUACACCCUACUCUGAAAAAUCGAAGCCACAUGUCAGAAAAAAUGAGAUGAUACUAAAAGCCAAGAAUGUGUUCUGUGCAGUUGUCAAAAUAUAUUGAUGCGCGGCAAUAAAAGUCGAUGCCAUUAGCAUAGUACUUUUUUAUGAAUGGCUAUGCGCGAUGAAUUGUUUGUUUGAAUCUCCGAAGCAUGUCAAGAAGAGACUCGUGCAAAAUAAAGAAAAAAUUCCAGACAGACUUAGUGGGCAGCUGCGGAAUCAUCGGCGUAAGUACUUGACAGGUAAUACCGUAACGACCGCACAAAAGUAGCAGUUGAAGAAGAAGCGUGAUAAUCCGAGUAAGAUCGAACACUUUGGUCUAGAGAUGUACAUGUGUGUAUGUAUUAGGUAGGUGCGUGUAUGUUUGUAUGUGCAAGUAUAUACCAAUUCACGAUCACAUGCAUGCACACGUGUGCACAGAGAUGGGCAUUUACUGUCUGAAGGAAAAAUAAAUGUGAUUCGAGUGCGAGCGCUUGGAAAAUACCUCUUUUUUCACACUCUCUGUCUUUCUGUGGCUGCACACACAUACAAUCACUCGAGUGUGAUUGUGGGAGUUCGAUAGAUACACGUGUAGAGCGAAUUCUCAGGGCUUCGUCGGCAUCGCUGAGCCACCCGAUCUUAACUCUUUCUUGCCCCUUGUACACCUUCUUUUCUCUGCACAAUGAAAAAUUGGAAACAGAUAUACGUGCAUGUACAUACAUUCACAAAGUAAAAAAAAUAAUACAACAUAUACUUAUAGAUGUUUCAGACCGCAAAACAAAUCGUGACUGGCUUCACCGAAUAGGCAUGCAGGAAAAAAUCUAAUUUUCCAACAAAUGCGUUCACAUGUGAGAUGAAUUUCGACGAUCUAUGCUGCUUAUGAUCGUCGACUUAUGUAAUCUUGAAUUGUUCGCUUUUUCUGUGCAGCAGAAUAACCUUGCCUGACAUACAAUUGUAAAUGUUUAGCUUAUGAAUUAAUUAUAUCGAAUAUGAGACGUAUGCAAAAAUAAUUGCAGAUUUAAUACGAUUUGUUUAGUAAUUGCAUUUUCACUGGACUAGUGGAACAUAGAAAUUCAGAGGAGCUGAGAGUUCACGAGUUUUACAAUACGAUUCAAUAAUCCCUAUGCAUGAUUUAUAGGUGAUGAAGUACACGUUUCGUUCCUCUUGUGCGUGUCACUGUCGCCACUCAUUGCUACACAACAUCAUGAUCACUCGGUGUAUAUCGACAAACAUCCAAUUUUCGCAAGUUUAUAAAUGAAUUGCUUUUAUUAGCUUAUAUUGGGAAAUAAAAUUACGGAAAUCCAUAUAUAUUUUAAACUCCCAGUAUAGCAUUAGCAAUAAACGUAAUUUGAAGAGAAAAGCAAAUGAAACGACUCGAACAAACUAUAUACGUCGGCUCAUAUUGGUUAAGAAAGAAUUGUAAGAUAGCACUCGUUAAGUGUGUGCGUGUGCGUGCGUCUGUUUGUGUAAAAGGUAAUGAAGUAUUGAGAGUUUUAUUCUGAAGUCAUUGAUGCGUGUAUAAAUAAAAAUCAAAUUUAAAGCCAUACGGUCUUUUACACUAAGUUAUGCGAUGGUAAUAAAUAGUUUAGAAUUAAUAAAAUAUUACACAAUAUAUUUAAAGAUGUAAAAAAUGUAUUAUUUAAUAAUAUUAUUAUAUAAAGGAAGAAAAAUCUGAGGACAAAUAAUCUCGUCUAUACAAGCAUUUACGUCCAAGAUAUUGAAGAUAAAACUUUUAGAUUGAAUGUUCAAAUGAAUAAAUGGUAAAUACAGCUCCGACACAACAAUUUUGAAAAUAAAUCGACUGUUUUAGAAAUUCGAAAAGUCACAAGAUUUUUUUUAAUUUAAUCGACUAGUCUGCAGAUAGAUCAUAAUAAUUUGAGUUUACAAUGUAAAUACGUUUAUUUCUUAUUUAUCUAUAUAUUUAGAAAGUCAAGUUAAGAGAGCUAAUCUAAGGUGAAUCACGAUCUUGUUGUAUUUAAAGAGAAAAAUCGCCAUCAAAGUCAAAAUAUAUCGUCAAAUUAAAUCGAUUAUUUCGUGGCUGAACAGAUUAAGAUCCGCGAGAUAGAUAGAAUAUCUAUUAACGUUAAAUUUUCAAAAAGAAAAGCAUUUACUUUGAUUAACAAAUAUAUUACUUGAAUUACUUAUUGAUGUUUGCUAAACUUGGGGAGAGGUAGUGGGUGAGCUCGCGUCGCAUCAUUAUUUGAUUAACUUUCCUGAAUAGUUCAUUUGUUCAUUUGUUUCAUUCAAGAGAUUUGUAUUAUUCAACAUGAUGAUAUAAUUUACUUUGAUGACGUAUUUCUAUUUACUCUGUGUAUUUUAAUUGAUUAUUCGAAAACGAUGAAUCGUCGAUGAGUGUAAAUAUGCGAUUUUCUUCGUUCAGAAAAUCGUUUCUAUGAUUUAUUAAAAAUAUAAUUUUGAUAUUUUUUUACUUUUAAAGAGUAGUUUUUAAUUUUUAGAUUAUAAAGCAAUUGUGAUAUACUAUACUAAAUGUAUGAAUAUAAAUUGAUGGUUUUUUUCGUUGAAAUUUAAGUUAUGGUAUAGAGAAAAAUAAUAUUUCAUUUAAAACCAUCCGUGUACGUUCAAAUUCAAUCAUUGAUCACCAUGUAAUUAAAAAAAUGGAUAUAGGGAACUUUCUACACUGAGACAUUGUGUUUUUGUUGUUAAUGUUUCUAUUAUGGGA